GUAUUUGAAUUAAAUCUGAAGGUUAUUUCUGUGUUAAGUAAAAGAAGUGUGAUGGCAUAGUAAGCAGUGGGUGCAAAUGUCCUGAGGCAGUAGACAACAUAGCAAAUAUAUGUAGUACAGGGGGAUGGUUAGAAUAGGAGGCGGUAGAACCAGGUUAGCUAAUCCUAAACAACAUAGAAGUAAGAUUGAAUUGGUAUGUGGAGAACAGAUUUUAUAGGACUUACUGGGACUUUAUCCUAAGGGCAGUGUGAAACCACUGAAGUAUUUUAAAAGGGGAGUGAUAUCAUCUGGCUUGCAUUUUUUAAAGAAUAUUCUGUCUGUGCAUAAUGGAUUAAAGAGAGGCCACAGGCAGCUCAUGAGGAUGGCACUGGAAGCCACUACAUGCACUCCCACACAAGACGAUGCGAGCUUGCUUAGGGUAGUGACAGCCGAGAUAGGGAAGAGUUAAUGGAUGGGAGGAGUACUUGAAGAAAUAGAUAAAUUCUGAAUGCAUACACCUUUUUUGUACCUUUAAAAUUGUUAAAAAAAAAAAAAAACCCUUUUCUGUACAUGUUUACUUUUUACAAUAUUAUAUUGGUUGUAUAGUUCUCCUUGAUAAUCAUCGCCUUCUUUUUAUCUUACUUACCAUUGAUGCUGAUGUCUCUCUCUUACUCUGCUAUUUAGGUCCUAUUGAGUAGUUGCCUGAAAUGCUUAGAUGUUUAAUAAUGAACUCUUGAUUCAUAUAAAAGAAUAUAUAAAACAAUUUAAGGUAUAAGUAAAAAAAAAAAAAAGCAAAUACCUGUGAUGUGUCACCUCAUAAAGCUAUAGUUUUAGCUGUUAGAAGUAAUUCUGAAGUAUUCCAACUAAUAAUUCCUCUUAGAUAUUUCCCAACUAGCAUUCAUCAGUUAAAAGGAGAGAGAGGUGGUUGACAAUGAUUGCAGUAAGAAUGGCAAUAAUAAAACACCUAAUGACCCCUAACAUAAAGAGAAUUAUGCCUAAUUAAAGACAAAGAAUGAUUUAUGUAAUGAGCUAUGUAAAUAUAUGACAUUAAUGCUUUUUUGUUAUUAAAGCUUCACAUUAUAAAUUAGUUCCUAUUAUAAUCAGAUUAGAAAAAAGGAUAGAAAGGGAGAAAAAUGAGGGACCAGUAGAACAAGUCAAUGUCUAAAAAGAAGAAAAUUAUCUUGUUAGAACUGCUAAAGCUUUUUUUGGAAGUUGGUAGAAGGAAAGAAGAAAGUGGAUCAAAGGCUCUGCUUGAACUCUCUUGUAUUAUCAUUUGUUUGCCUUUGGAAGCAUGUACAAUUACGUAUUAUUUAGAAUAUUCGUAGACUCAAAUCCCUGUCAGCGAUUAGUUUUGGGAAAUAAAUGUAUCAAAUGAAAGCGAUCUAGAAUUUGAAUUUCCCUAUGAGAUUAUUUUGCCAUUUCUCUAAUUUUGGAAAUAUUACAUUCAAAACUGUUUUAAAAAUAUGUAAAGCCUAUCCUUGGAAAAGGUUUAUUUAGAUUUUGGUAAUAUAGGGAUAACUUUAAUAAUUGAUAGUGUUUUAUUUUCUGAUGGUUUUAUAGUAAAACUGAGUAUUAAACUCCUUUUAAUAUGGAGUAUGGGAGCUAUCUACAUUCAUGAAUAUUUAUCAAAUGUAAUUUUUAUUUUGAAUAUUUAUUAUUAUUGUAAAUGAGACUAUUAGUUAAAUCCAGUCCUGUUUGAUUUUAAUGCUUUUAUGUAUCCCUAAAGGUCAAACUACUUCCCUUGUAAAAUAGGACUUUCUAGCCUUUUGUAUUGUACAUUUAAAUAUUUUCUUUCAAACCUCAACUUGGUACUCAUUCUAUGAUUGUUAUUCUAACUUGUUUUAUGAAUUAUUCUGGUAAUGAGAAAUGUGCUUCCAUUCUUUCUGUAUUUCACCUAAACCCCUGGAGAUUUUUGACAAUAAUAUGGUCUUCAUUCCUAUAAGGCAGUUCAACAUGGAGGAAAGAAUAGGGUUUUCUGUUCUUUAGAAAUCAUUUUUGGAAUCCAAAAUAGUUAUUCUUAGACAUUACCUUACUGGCAGCCAUCAGUGGAAAGGAAAGAAAAGGGAAGGAGAGAGGGGUUCAUCAAUACGGUGUUAGGAAUGACACUUUUGACCUGUUUCAAUGCUCGUUUCAUGACUGUUGGAAGCAAGUUAUGCUUACCUUCUGUAGUACCUAUCUUCUUCCUUUGGAAAGUGAUAAUGAUGGGUACCUACUCCAUAAAGACUUAAGGUUUUUAUAGAGAGGAAAUAUAUAAAGCACUUAGCAUAAUGCUUGGCACACAGAAUGUGCUCAACAGAUGUUAGUUUAUCUUCCAUUUUCAGCUUAAUUUUCCUUAUCUAAGUCUGAAAUAAUUUGUAAAUUAGUUCUAAGUCACUUUAAAGAAGAGUGCUGAUCCCAUAAGAAAUAUGCUUAAAAUAGAAAAUGUUUGCCUAUAGUAAGUCAAAGUAAAUAGAAAUGUUUUUAACCUCCCUCAAAUAAAGUAGCUUAAUUUGCUUGCUUCUCACUUGGGUGUGAGUAGCUCAGUCACGGUAUGACAGUUCUUUGACUCUUGAGUGUUUUUCAUAUUAGGAUAAUAAGUGGAGUAAACAAUCAUUCUACUUAUUUCUAAUGCCUACUUUUCAGAGUUCACAUUUGACCUUAAAUAUUUCCCCAAAUAGAUGUUAGCAUAGAGGUGUUAGUUCCAAUGCUCUGUUUAUACACUUAAAUACAUCGGAUUCAGCAAUUUAGUGUGGGUGUGGCAGGGAUUAGAGAGAUUAUUAAGUGACUUAACUUCUGUUAAUCAAAACAUACCUAUAUUUUAGGGAGUAAAAAUAGUAGCUAUAUCACUUGAGUUCACGAAGUCUUAGCUGAUUUUUAAUAAUUAAUACGUUUUUUUCUGCCAGUGAGCAUUAGAUUACUGCUGACUUUUUAGUGUCAUAGUACCUUGUGGUAGUUUCUCUACAGGGUUUAAAGGUGUAUCCCAGUGUUUUUUUUUGUUUGUUUGUUUGUUUGUUUUUUGUUUUUGUUUUGUUUGUUUCUUACUGUCUGGUCCAUAGGAAUUAAUCUUUAUAAAUGCUAUAAGGAGACUAUCUCUAGAGAUUCAUACAUGCCAUUAAUAUGUUAUAAGGAUCGGUCAGUUCCAUUGUCUUCUUUUGUCAAUCUUGAUCAGAGCUUGCCGAGUAAGUCUAUAAGCCUGCAUGUGCCUGGCAACUGUUACCUAGUGACAGUUUCAGCUGCAGUAGCCAUUGGCUGUGCUGUUGAUUGGGGCAGGAGGACCGAGUCACCUUUCUGAUGGUGGUGAGUUCUUCUGCAUCAGCUCAGGAUGAGGAGGAGAGGAGCAGGGCUCCGGCUCAGGUGGAGGCAGUGAUACUGAGAGAUUGUGAAGAAUAUAGCGACAGCAUCCUGGUAACUGCAUCACAGUAAAUCGGACUUCUGAAUCAAGCAGCCCAGCCUAGCAGCUGAUAAGAGUGAAUGUAGGUGAGAAGCAUUGCCUUAUUCCCGUAAGAAGAGAACUAUUUUGUGAUAAGUGAAACUAGGAAUGUGCAAGGAGGAAUAUCCUGUGGCUGUUAUAAAAGAAGGACUUCCCUGAAUGACUUGGUGGUGCACGAGAAAAUAACUUUCAGAAGAAUGCUUUCUGUUAAGCUGCUGCUUUGUUCCUGAAGGAAACGUUUUUAUCUCUAAUGCAUGUUACUUCUUCAAGAGGUAUGACAACAAAGACUGACAAGAAACUCUCUGAAAUACCUGUACUUUUAAAAAGAUUUUUGAUAAAUGUUAACCUGAUAACAGAAUGACCUUGGAAGCCUCUUGGAUGGAUUCUAUCCUGCAAGCCUUUCAGUAUUUCAAACUCUAGGAUUUAAACUCAUCUUGAUGCUUUAGAGCUUACUUCCCUUUCUCCCCCUCCCAAAGUUGAGAUGUGUCACUGCUGCACUGAGACUGAUGAAGAGGCUUGAGUACUCUCUGGGAUGCUCGGCUGUGACAGAAGCACUGCCACUGUCUACCGAAGCUGAUCCCGAGACACUCAUGUAUAGAGUUUAACACAUGCUGGACAGGGCACCUGCUUGCUGGAGCCAAGGCUACAUGUUCCCUUAAUUCCAAGCCAUGAAUGAAUCCAGGUGGACUGAAUGGAGCAUCCUGAACAUGAGCAGUGGCAUUGUGAAUGUGUCUGAACGUCACUCCUGCCCACUUGGAUUUGGCUACUACAGUGCGGUGGAUGUGUGCAUCUUUGAGACCGUUGUUAUUGUCUUGCUGACAUUUCUAAUCAUUGCUGGGAAUUUAACGGUCAUCUUUGUCUUUCACUGUGCUCCACUCUUACACCAUUACACUACCAGCUAUUUUAUUCAGACAAUGGCAUAUGCUGAUCUUUUCGUUGGAGUUAGCUGCUUGGUUCCUACUCUCUCACUUCUUCACUACUCCACAGGUAUCCAUGAGUCAUUGACUUGCCAGGUUUUUGGAUAUAUCAUCUCGGUUCUAAAAAGCGUUUCUAUGGCAUGUCUUGCUUGCAUAAGCGUGGAUCGCUAUCUUGCAAUAACCAAGCCUCUUUCCUACAAUCAACUGGUCACUCCUUGCCGCCUGAGAAUUUGCAUUAUUUUAAUCUGGAUCUACUCUUGCCUCAUUUUCUUGCCUUCCUUUUUUGGCUGGGGGAAACCUGGGUACCAUGGUGACAUUUUUGAAUGGUGUGCCACCUCUUGGCUCACCAGUGCCUAUUUUACUGGCUUUAUUGUUUGUUUACUUUAUGCUCCUGCUGCCUUUGUGGUCUGCUUCACUUACUUCCACAUUUUCAAAAUUUGCCGUCAGCACACCAAAGAGAUAAAUGACCGGAGGGCCCGAUUUCCUAGCCAUGAGGUGGAUGCCUCUGGAGAGACCGGACACAGCCCCGACCGUCGCUACGCCAUGGUUUUGUUUCGGAUAACCAGUGUGUUUUACAUGCUGUGGCUCCCUUAUAUAAUUUACUUUCUUCUGGAAAGCUCCCGGGUCUUAGACAAUCCAACACUGUCCUUCCUAACAACCUGGCUUGCUAUAAGUAAUAGUUUUUGUAACUGUGUAAUAUACAGCCUUUCCAACAGUGUUUUCCGGCUAGGCCUCCGAAGACUGUCCAAGACGAUGUGCACAUCUUGUCUGUGUGUGAAGGAUCAGGAAGCACGAGACCCCAAACCUAGGAAACGGGCUAAUUCCUGCUCCAUUUGAAGAGAACUAUACAGCAAAUCCAGUGUAAUCUGACAGGGGUUUUGGAUUGUGUUCUUGAUUCUUCUAUAAUAUCUAAAUAAUUCUUCUGGAAGUUUGCCACUAGAGAAAUAUUUACUUGAAUAGUUGACGAUGAGAUGAAGGGACUAAAGAUUUCUUUUUUUUUUUUCCUUCUCUUUUUCCACAGUGGUGGGGGAGGGGGAGCUAGAGAAAAGAAUGUAUAGAGGGUAAUCUCAUGAGAUAACUUUAGUAUGUGAGUAUAAAUGUACAGUAAUAACAAAAUUAAGCACUGAAGAUGAAAAAAUUAUUGAAAAAAGUAUCUCAGAGCUUCCACAGGACAUGAGCAAAGCCCCUCGGCAUCUCUGUCCUCUCUGACUGAGCUCUCUCCUCUGUCUUUGCCUCUCAUUCUGUCUGUCUUUCUCACUUUCUUUGUGUUUGUGGAAAUGACUUACAUAAAUUGCCCUUUAAAUGCUACAUAUAAUAUAUGUGGCAAAGUGCAAUUUUUUGCAUCAAAGUAUACUCUUAAAUGUACUAAUCUGCAACCUAUAAGUUGUCUCUCUAUGAAGGAUGCAUAGUAAGCAUUGUAUUUUAUUACCUGCUACAUAACCCUUUUGCUUGUGUUUUUAUAAUGUCCGCAGUGCAAAUUGUUUGCUAUAAACAAAAAGAAACAGUACUUUUGUUUCUUCUGGGUAAAAUUAUGUGUACCCAUCCCCACCCCCUUUCUAACAGCCUGCUAUUUUUUUCCUCCAUUGUUCUGGAUCUGCAUCCUUUGGUACCUUAAUCCAAAAGUGUCUUAGCUAAUGAAAGAAUCUACUAUAUAAAGCAAUCAUAAUCUUAAAUAAUCUAUUCCUUCCAACAAAGGUUCUUUGAGAUAUUGUGUUAAAUAUUUUUAAUAGCUUUUGUAUACAUUUUUAUCUGGUUCCUUUCCAGUUAGCUCAUGUGCCCAAAGUAGUGUCUUUUUUUGCUAUAAUAAAGCAUUGUUUUUCUUUAAGGAAAUCCACAAAUAAUUCUAAUGGAGAUUUCAGAGUAUUCACCCAGAAGUAAGGUAUUGCUCUUCAAACCACACAGCGUGUCCUCCCCGCAAUCCAGUAGACAAUAUUAACCUUUUUGUGUUAGGUCUACGAAGCUUAGUGUUGCGUCCACCAAUCAUUUGUGUGAUAUGCAUUUGCAUAUACUAUAUUUUUUACAACAAAGAAAAUGUAAAUUAUAUUAUGUGAUCUGUGCCUAAUGUUUUCUUAGCACAAUACAUAGAUCAAUGUUGCUUAACUCAUCAACAUUGGAAAAAAUAUACAAAAACUUUAAAGAGAAAAAUACUUUUGUGUAGUUGUUAUUAGAUAUUUAUAUUAGAUCAAGCUGCAUUCUUAGUACUGCUGAGAAUACGAUAUACUUAAUUAUCAAAUACAGGUAAGAGCUGUCAGUAUUUCCUUUUGUAAUCUGUUUUCAUACGCAGAGAUUAAAUUAACUUAUUUUUUAGUGUGCUACAUGGAAUUGUAUAAUAAAUUGCCAGGGGUUUAGAUGUAGCAAAAUGGCAUUUGGGGGAAUCAGUCAGUAGUGAAGCAGGUGUGAGUGGUAAAACAUCUAAAUCUUACUUUUUUACUAUAAGUUUCCUGCCUGACAGAUAUUUUAAAGUUUAUAUCAGACUACUGAGUAUUUUUCUUCUCAGCAUUUUGAUUUAUUUGUUUUAUGAAAUGCAUUUAAUGAAAUGUGCCUAUGACUUCAAAUUGGAAGCCUAGUGUGUUUGCACACAAGUGGUUUGACUUCAGAGGUCCGUUAGUAGAAAUGUCAUCAUUUUAUUGAGGUUGUUUUGAACCUGUGUAUAUUUUUAAACAUGUAAGAAAGGUUUAAAAUAAAGAAUAAAAUAGUAUUCUACGUAUCAAAA